UUUCUUCAGUCUGUUAACGGCACGCCAACGAUGCAGACGCGGCUAAAAACCAGCUCCGGCUAACUGUUAAAGCAAGCUAAUAACUUGAUCUGUAAGUGUAACACUCAUACGUAUCGAGUAUACGCACAGUGGUACCAGCGACAUUUGACUUGCAUCUGUCUUUUGCCGAAAGUGCGUGAGCUUCCUGCCGUUUCAAGUGUAUUCAAAAGUGAAAUUGAAUAGUUAAAAAAAUCAAAUAAAAGAUUUAAUUAAAAGUAAAACGCUUGGAUUGCUGCUAAUUUGGCUAGCUGGGCAAAUUAAGGUCUUAAUUGAAUUAAGACAAGUGAAAGAGAAACAUUAGCUGCUGUCCAGGAAGAAGAAGCAGAAGCUGCAGAGGAGAGUGUUACCUCGACGAACUCCGGGCCAAGUUAGUUACUUACUUAGCUGUCGACUGCUGCCGCUGUUUAUGGCACUUCAGCUAUGAAGCGAGGCAUGCAACUCACCGCCGCCUGGCUGUGCUUUUUAGCCACGGCUACUUUGGCUCAAAACCAGGAAUCCUCUGCAAAAUGGUCGCGGCAACUGGAGAAUGUGGCCACCUCCGAUACGGAUUCUUUGGAUUGGAUUCCCUUGGCACAACCUUUGGAUGGCAGCAAGGAUCGCACGGGAAACGGUCGAGUGCUGACCUACUCGCAAACCUUUCCACCGAGUGCCAGAUUUGGUGAUCUGACCAAGACGGGUUCCCAGUUCGACUAUCCCUUCCAGUUCCAGAGGUUCCCCAAUGGAGGAAGUCAGGCGCUGCCUCUUCGCCAGGCACCACCAUCGUCCAGCCUGAAAGGAUCUGGAGUGGGUCAGGAGCCCACGUCGCAGUCCUUCUUCAAGUUCGAGAUGCCCUUCCAUGGAAACAAUGAAGGACAGGCUCAGGCGCCUCCAACUCUUCAAACGGGCUACCAAAUUCAGCACACUUUCGGAGCAGGAGCUGCAGGAUUCCCGGCGCCUUCUUCCCUGUUCAGUCCUCCAUCUCUUUACGGACAGCAGAGUCAACCUUUUGGCUCGGAGUUCCACUCUCUGGGUUCCCAGAAGCCCUUGGCUCAGGCUCUGAACAAGCCACUCCAUCAGCAGAAUUACGUGCAGGACAUUCUGCCUCCGAAAACUUUGGGAAAACCACUGCCAACUCAACCUUCUCUGCAGAGUGUUACCCCGCAAGUUUUUCCAGUGGAUCCUGAACCAGAUACUCUCUUUGGAUCCAACAAGGCAGCUCCCUCGAGUGCUCCAACUUCUUCCAGGGAUCAGGACGUCCAAUUGCUCUAUGUGCCCUACGAUACUUUGUACAACCAGCAGCGUCAGCAAUCCGGUUCUCAAUCGAACUCCAACUUCGAGGUGAAUAAGUUCAAUGUGAAUCCUGGUCUGCCGGCGGUGAAUCCCUACCAGAUCAACCAGUUCUACACUCAGGAUCCCAGUGUGGGCAGUGACUUCUUCAGUUCGGGAACCACCUUGAGGCCAAGUACCACCACCAGUCAGCCGCAGACCAUUUUCCAGAGCUUCGGACAGCCGCAGCCGCAACUUCAGUCGCAAACUCAAACGCAGUUCACCACAGCAAAACCGAAACCCAAGGCCCAUCAGCCUCCCUUGGCCAUGUUUUUGUUGAGAUCCAGCUCCAGACCCUCUCAAUCGGAUGUGGUUUCUGCCUUGAGGAAUGCCCACAGCAUCUCCGUAAUUGAUUCACCCACUAAACAAACUCCGGAGAUUUUUGUGGGACCCGCUGGAAUGCCAAUUCCCGAUGGUUAUGUCAAGUUCGAUCUGCCUUACCUUUCGCAACUCACUUCCAAUCGCGAUCUGAGUGAUGUGUCCUUCUUUGUGGCUCCUCUGAGUUACCGUACUCCCAAUGGCUUUAACAAGAUCCUGCUGCCGGAACCGCAUGUGGGUUCGAUUGUGGUCAACAGGGCUAAGGACAUCGCUUCCAGUCAGCAAUUGUCGCCAGCUGCGAGACCUCAUCGUCCUUAUGCCCCUGUGAGCAGCACUCGCAAUCCCUUCGAGACCACCACUCCAUCACAGAUCCUGGCUCCUGGACAAGCUCCCGAGCGAGGCAACAAGUUCAGCUACUACUACGUGCAGGAUGGCAUCCAGGAGGUGAGCUCACCCAAGAAUCCCGCCAAACAGGAGCGACACAAGAAGAAGCGACCCCAGAAUGUCCAAACGCCACAGAACGCCUAUCGUCCAACGCCUUCGAAGCCCCAAACUCAGAAUCCCUUCGAUACCCUCAACCAGAUUGGAGGCGAUGACUUCUUCAAGACUCUGGGCAGCAAAGCCACCACCAGUUCCACGUCGAGCACCUCCACCACGAGCACCACUUCAUCCACCACUUCCACCACGGCUGCUCCACAAUCUCUGUUUACGUACAGUACGCGACCUCAGAUCGAGUUCCCCGGAUCGAGUGGUCAGCUGUAUCCGCAGUAUGUUCAGGAACCAGUGCAGGAGCAGCUUCCUCGUUUGACCACCCGUCCGCCAACUGCAUCCACCGAGGAAGAGCACCGCAUGAAGCAGUACUUCCGUCAGCAGGAUGCCUUCCGCCAGCGACCUCUGACCACAAGUCCUCCUUUCGAGUACUCCCCAAGUACUGCGGACUAUGAGGCACCUCUGCCCACAACCACCACUCAGAGAAUCAAGACCAAGCACCGCGUGAAUCUCUAUACUCCCGCUGCAGUUCCGGUGACCACUUCGGAUGUGGGUUACAACAAUGUGGAUCAGCAGGCUCCUCUGAACCAUCGCCCUCACUACAGCCAAGUUCAAAACGAAAUUCUGGACAACAGCAAUGUGGAGUACGAACCGAAUCCGUAUCAUGUGCCCUCCGAGCUGCCUCCUUUGACCCCAGAUAUUCCCGGUUUGGUGAACAAUCUGCAGGAGAAGGAUAAGUUGCAGCCAGCCGUUGCAACUACUCCAUUUGCUGAACCGGAACCCGAAACGCGACCAACCAGGAGACCAGUGCUUCGCACUCGUAAACCAGCUGUAACCAAGGUGACAUCUUCUGUUUCCUACUCGGAAUCCGAAUCGAGUGGUAAGCUGCCCACCCACCGAAUCAGGAGGCCAUACAGCAGUCGGGGAACUACUGCACCAGAUUCUGGUGCUUCCUCGGGCAGCGGAGAUAAUGGCGAUGAAUCGGCAGUGGCACCCACUCGUCGACCAACCAGUGCCCGUAAUCCACUCAUCAGGAAUCCCAAUCGCAUUCGCUAUAGGCCAACAACCGAGGAACGUCAAACUUUAAAGACGAAACCCAGGAAGGGAUCGAAGCACGGCAAACCUCAAGAGGAUCAGGAUAUUGACUACCAGCGAGAUGUGCUCAAGCAGAACUAUCCGGUGUUCAAGGCUUCUUCGCGACGACCUACCAGUCCCACGGCGAUUCCCAGUUCCUAUGAUGUCCAGGCCACUACCGAAGGACCCGCCUCGGAAUCCCAACAAGUUUACACGGUGACCCCGAGCAACAGUAUCGAUAACAGUGGAAACGAGCAGAGCGGAUUCCCCGCCAAUCUUCUGGAACCCAUGCAGAUUGCCCAGCACUACCAGGAGUUCUCGAAGGAUAACUACGGACCCGGCUACUUCCCCAACCAGGAGGAUCUCAGCCCGACGGAGGCCAUCGUGCGCAACGAGGUGAGCCCCAUCUACACCACUCUGGCCACCACAACGCCAUCAACCACGACGACCACGACAACCACAACCACUGAAGCUCCAUUGACCACAACCACGACAACGCGUCGAUCGCCAUUUGUGAGGAGAAACUAUCCACGAUUGCGCACAACCACGACCACAGAGGCUCCAUUGACCACCACCACGCCAUCGGAGGAGAGGCCAUCGAUCCGUUCUCGACUACCACCUCGUCGAGUGGUGAAGGUGCGCCAGCGUCAGCGUCGUCCUACGCAUCCUGCUUCCUCUUCAACAGUGGCGCCCGAGGAAGAAUCCGAACCCAUUACCCACAAGCCAAAUCUCCGCAAGCUGAGUCGCUACAGCAACCAAGAGUCAAAGGACAAGGAGGCGACAGUGUCUCCUAUCACUCAACGCCGUCGUUACAAGCAGCCCUUCCAACUGGAGGGUCAGGAAUCCCAGUGGUCGCCAUCUUCGGAAUCAGCCAAUGGCAACAGCAAUUCCAACAGCUUCAAACCCCUGAGUCCCAAGUACAAAACUGAGACGCACAAUUUCGAAAGUGAGCCGGAGAUUGUGACCGCAGGACCAACCAAUCAGCCGGAAACCUAUGAAGUAAAUGUGGCUGCUGAUCUUGGAGGAUCUGCGGUUCAGCGCACAACCAUCAUGGCACCCAAUCUGAAGCCAGAGAAAUCCUUUGCGGAGCUCUUAGAGGAAGUGAUGGGCAAGGCCCCUGGGGAGUCGACAACUGAAUCCACCAGCAGCACUAUUAGUCGCCUUAGCAGACGUGGCAAAUGGCAGAAAAAGAACCGUGGUAACUCGGAUAACACCGAGAACUUCGAGACAGCCGAAUCCCAGAACCUUGGACCUCAGCUCUACAACGCUCUUCAAUCGGCCAGCGAAAAGGAGGAGUUGGCCAAGACCACCACUCCAUUAACUCCCUCCACGGAGGCUCAGACAGAAACUUCGGUGGCGACCACCACAGUACCCUCGCCCACAACGCCCGAGGAGUACGAAGUGACCACCGCCGGUGGAAUGGAAGAGGCCACCAUCACCUCCACGCUUCCCGUGAGCGAGGAUAGUGCCACACGACGUAUGGACACGGCAGCGGAUGUGGACGACCUGGAGGUGCAGCCCAGCAUCUUCACCGAAGUGAAGAGACAGCUCCACGAUCUUUUCGAGAUCGAGGAGAGCGAUGAUCAAGCUGUUACAGCUGCUCUGGCUGCUGUGGGAAAGCGUCGCCAGGAUUACACGAGCAUCCGGAGAACCAGUCCAUCCACGCCCGCGGAAAAAACCACAGAGGCGGCAGUGGAUGAGGCCAUCGCCACCACCACGGAAGCCACCGUGGCGGCGGAGGGCAAGAAGGACAGCUUCCACAAGGACCUGAUGGAGCACGUGGUGUACGCCACCUCGACGUCGACCAAAGUCACCUCCGAGACGGAGAUCUGCUACCGCGGACGCUGCAUCCGCUCCGAGGAUCUGCCCGCCAACCACAAACUGCACUGAGCACUGAGAACUUCUCCGGCAGCGGAAGGCGUAGAGAUUCACCAUGUACAUAGGGGCAGAGGGGAUACGGAUAGGGUUCAGAGGGUUCCAAGACAAUAGAGGGUGCAUCGGAGAGCUCUUUCAGCUGCGUUGGCCCAAAAACAGGACCGUAUCCACUUGUAAUUACCUAGCUUUAACUACAAAUAUGUUAGGGAUAAGCAAGUAUAAGGAUAAUACCAGAUCGAAGGGUCGAGAUACGGCGAAGAAAAGAAGGAAUUUAAAUAUAAUCACAAAUUAUAUUAUUCCAUAAGAACAGAAAAUUACAAUUCUUUAAGCUUCCUUUGAUAAUCCCCUGAUAUUCCCACUUAGAACAAUUAGUUGAUAGAUCUUAGAUUUAGCAUUAUGUCAGGAUACCACAUAGCCAGCAUAUAAGUCUUGUACCAUAUGUACAUCGUUGUGUACAAUGCAAAUACAAAUACAAAUACCAAUAAAAACGAACGAAAAAUCAACACAA